AUGGCCUACUAUGUGAGCGAUGAUUGGGACGAACUGUAUGUAGAGGCUACUAGAACAGCCAACGGGGAUAGCCUCAAAGAGAUGGAAGGCAAGUUGAGUGGUCGAGAUGUUAUGCGCAUGAUUAGCAAUCAAUGGGACUUCAUGCUUGAUGCCGACUUCAAUCCGGUUAAGCUUGCGCUGGCGUUACUUGACGAUAGUUCUCUUGGUAAAGAUUAUGGAGCGUUUCAACGUACCAUGGAUGUCUUGAAUAAAGCUCUUGGACUUAUAGUAAAUGAUUACUAUCAGGGCUUCAACAGCUCAAUUGGAACAUUUGGUGGUGUAAUGAUGAACAUUGAAGAUUCGCAAGAACGAGUUUGCGAAAUAAAGAAUCAAUUGAAGCAAUGCAAGCAAUCUUUACUGUCAAAGCGGGCGGAUUUGAUGCAAUUGUGGUUUCGUAGUCAACAAUACAAGGAGAUGAUAAGGAUAUUGGAUUUAAUAGAAGAGGUUAAAGGAACGCCAGAAAAACUUGAAGUUCUUAUUCGUGAGAAACAUUUUCUCACUGCUGCCAGGACGCUUCUCGAGGCCAUUCGCACAAUGGACAGAAGAGAGAUGGCAGGCAUUGGGGCCUUGUCUGAUCUGAAACGGUAUCUCAAAGCACAACAGAAUAACAGCUUCACAACCAUCUCUAUCUCAAAAGCCCGUAUUGUGAUAGUCGGUGGGUUAGAUAUUCUAAAGAUCAGGCUUCAUGCAGUACCUGCAGCCAUUUUUGACUUGAAUUCGGAAAAGGAGUUACGAUCAGCGUCUAAUCAUGUAGAUGGUAUUGGAAGCAAGAGUCUUUCUGUCAAUACGUCAAUCUCAAUAAACUCAUCACUGGUUCCCAGAUCUCCUCGAUCCCCAAUGCCGACUGCAUCGCCUAAACCAGCAAGCCCCGCUUUGAAUUUAUCAGGAGAUGAUGAAGAAGUGAUUAAAGAAAAUUUAGGUAUUAAUCCUGAGUCGGAUUCAUUUUAUUACAUGGAAAUAAUAUUAGAAUCGCUGGCAUUGAUCGGAAAACUACCACUUGCUCUGGAGACGAUAACUCAAAGUCUUCCAAUAGAAAUAUACCAACUUGUGGACAAGACCAUUGCCGAAGUAGAAGAACGGCGAACAGUUGAUGUGUUUGCGACGAUGAAUACUAAAAAAACUGAUCACAUAAACAGACAUUUUUUUGAUUCACCAAAAAACGAAACGCAAAUGGAAAUACUUCGAGACCUUCUUUGGACUUUAUAUUCGAAAUUAGAUGCUGUAUUACAGGGACAUAGAUUUAUUCUGAACGUUGUUGAGAGGAUAAGUAGGAGGCCAAGUUACCUUAAGAACAUUAACGGGACACAAAAGAUAAGAGUAUAUUCCUUCAUAGAAAUAUGGAAACCAAUUCAAAGCGAACUACGUGCCUUGUUGCGAGAUUAUAUCACCGAUGAUGAACGAGAAAAAGAUACCUUUGCAACACCUGCGGCAACUAUGAACGACCUCAUUAAAGAGAAAAAGCCGCGAGACAGAUCAAAGCAACUCUUCAAAUUUUCAGACUCGGAUCAAACGAGUACUAUCGUCCUCGACAAACAAUACGACGAAGACAUCUCAAAGGUGUUACAGAAAUCUCUACCAGAUAUAUUUGGGAAGAAUAACGGCGACCGUAUUGUAUUAUCUGGUCUAGUGGUUGAUAAGUUUGCAAACACAAACAUGACCGUUGGACAUAGGCUGGUAGUGAGACCAGACCCAUUCAACGUGUCGGUGCUGUUUGAGCCGACAAUGGUAUUUCUUAACAACGUCAAAAAUAUCGUUUCGUCCAGUGGUGAUGCAGGGACUGUUGACUUCUCAGUGUUCUUGGAUGAUUUCGUUUUUAAUGUAUUCUUGCCGCAAAUUGAAGAUAAGGUUAUGGAGUUAUUCGACCAGGCUACUAAUGACCCACGAGCUUUCCAAGAAGACGCUAAAUACAAGAGAUUUGCACCACUGCCCAUUGUAAAGAGUACGUCUUCGCUCAUGAUGCUUAUCGAAAAUCUCUGCUCAAUGUUUCGAACGAUGUCUUUUCAUAAAGACGAAUAUGGUAAAAUGAUAAUAAGAAUCUUGACAAAAUACUACGUCAAUUGCUUUGAACAAUAUCAAGCUAUUGUAUCAAAGAACUCGCUAAAAGAUGACUCUUCUGACUCGAGAAAUCAGCAAAAAAUUAGUGCCACAUGGGUACAGCAAGAUCAACUUGCCGAUGUAUUCGCUCAAUAUCCUUAUCUUGCUGACGACGCAGUAAAGAACAGGAGAAGAAGAAUUGAGCUAUGCAAAAAGGAAAUCAAAACUCUGAUGAGAUUUAAGAAGAAUAGGGUCAUCCGAACUGGAGAGUUGAUAAUCGAUGGGAAUAAGAUGAAAUCUGUUGCUACUCUGUAUCAUAGCUUGAAAUGGUUUGUCGCCAAAAUAUGGCAAUUACGUGGCCUGGCAUACGAGAAUGUUGCUAGAAUGGAUGAUGGUAAACUGGCCAAAUCUAAUCGUCGUUGGUCAUCUUAUGAUGCAUUCAAUAUGACUGGAGUUGCAGUAAAAAAGGAAAAAGAAAAGGCUAAGAAUGAUGAAGAGGUUUUGUUGCCAUUGACUGGCGAAAUGGCGACUCGGUUUGAUGCACUACUGGCCACCUUCCAACAGUUAGCGGAACAGUGUCUAUUUACCCUUCGUGUCGAGAUUCGUUGCCAUACUAUGCAUUACAUAGAUCUUGCAACUAGAGAAGGUAAUUAUCAACUGAUGGAAGAAGCAGUCGAGCCUGACCCAUAUAUUAUCCAACUAAAUGCAGACCUUGUCAAGUGUGAUGAUUGUCUCUCAUCUAGUCUGCCUUCGCGAGAACACAAAUUUAUAUUCGAAGGCCUUGAUCUAUUGAUGGAAAAACUCCUGAUCAACAACGUUUCCUUCAUGAAGAAUCUAAAUCUUAACGGAGUUAAUAAAAUGUUGCGUAACAUCCUGGCUCUCCAACAGAAUUUGAAGAAUAUCGUGGAUACUCCAAUGGAAAUAUCUUUAGAUAAAGCAAAGCAAUAUUAUGAAUUGUACAAACACGGGCCUGAGGCUAUGCUUGCUUCUGUGCGGAAUAAUAAGAACAAUCGGGACAACAAACCUGAAUUUACGUUCGAAGAAUAUCAGGCUAUGCUUGAGGUUAUUUAUAACAUAGAUAGUGCUAAAGAACCAGAUACAGCUGGGAGACUGGAUGGUGGACCAUCGCAAAAUAGGCGAUUGUUUAACGAGCAUUUGCUUGAACUAAAUGAAUUGAUGCUUGAUUUCUUGUAG